UCCACCCUCCACGCCCCUGUCCCUUGGUGACUCAUCCCCGAGCUUCCCAAGGAAGCCCCCACCCUCUGCCCUUUCCUCCCGCCUUCCAUAAGUGGAAAAUCCACCUCCACCCCCUAUAGCAGGCCAGCCCCCUUCCUCCCCACUCUCCCACCCCAUCCCCCCACCGACCAGUUUCCUCUCCAGGACCAGGGAGCAAUCACAGCUGCCCCGACCCUGGUUUCCUCUGCUGGGUGGGACUGGGGGCUGGGCCCCCAAAUGGGCCCCUGGCUUCCCCCUUCCUCUGGGCAGGGGACAGAGAGGCGCAGGGUCAGGGAGCAGGACUGACUUCCUCUUGUCCCGGAAUGAGCAUGCCUGCCCUUUGCAAGCAGGUUUGGGUCUCACACAGAGGAAACCAAAAGCAGUAAGAGGGAGGGAAGGCAGCGCAGCCAAUCAAGCGCAGGGUGAGGCUCAAAACGAGCGGGCUCCCUGGGGAGCCAGAGAGAGGUUGAGGGUGAUGGCGGAGCUGCAGCAGCUGCAGGAGUUUGAGAUCCCCACGGGACGGGAGGCUCUGCGGGGCAACCACAGUGCCCUGCUGCGGGUCGCUGACUACUGCGAGGACAACUAUGUGCAGGCCACAGACAAGCGGAAGGCGCUGGAGGAGACCAUGGCCUUCACUACCCAGGCACUGGCCAGUGUGGCCUACCAGGUGGGCAACCUGGCUGGUCACACUCUGCGCAUGUUGGACCUGCAGGGGGCUGCCCUGAGACAGGUGGAAGCCCGAGUAAGCACGCUGGGCCAGAUGGUGAACAUGCAUAUGGAGAAGGUGGCCCGAAGAGAGAUUGGUACCUUAGCCACGGUCCAGCGGCUGCCCCCAGGCCAGAAGAUCAUCGUCCCAGAGAGCCUACCCACUCUCACGCCCUACAGCAGGAGACCCCUCAACUUUGGCUGCCUGGAUGACAUUGGCCAUGGGAUCAAGGACCUCAGCACGCAGCUGUCAAGGACCGGCACCCUGUCUCGAAAGAGCAUCAAGGCCCCUGCCACACCCACCUCCGCCACAUUAGGGAGACCACCCCGAAUUCCCGAGCCAGUGCACCUCCCGGUGGUGCCCGACGGCAAACUCUCCGCCGCCUCCUCCGCCUCUUCCCUGGCCUCGGCCGGCAGCGCCGAAGGUGUCAGUGGGGCCUCCACGCCCAAGCGGCAGACGGCACCCCCAGCCCCACCUCUCCCCAACUCCUUGGACCCACCUCCUCCACCAGCAGCCGUCGAGGUGUUCCAGCGGCCUCCCCCGCUGGAAGAGUUGUCCCCGCCCCCACCGGACGAAGAGCUGCCCCUGCCACUGGACCUGCCUCCUCCUCCACCCCUGGAUGAAGAUGAACUGGGGCUGCCCCCACCGCCACCAGGCUUUGGGCCCGAUGAGCCCAGCUGGGUGCCUGCCUCAUACUUGGAGAAAGUGGUGACACUGUACCCAUACACCGGCCAGAAGGACAAUGAGCUCUCCUUCUCUGAGGGCACCAUCAUCUGUGUCACUCGCCGCUACUCCGAUGGCUGGUGCGAGGGCGUCAGCUCAGAGGGGACUGGAUUCUUCCCUGGGAACUAUGUGGAGCCCAGCUGCUGACAGUCCAGGGCUCUCUGGGCAGCCGCUCUCUGCACUGAGUGGGUUUCAUGAGUCCCAGGCCAAAACCAGCUCUGGUCACAGAUGGACUGACUCUGCCCACCUCUUGGGCUGUGAGCCGUGUUCUGUCCCUCCUCCCAUCGUGGAGGGGAGGGGGUCGUGGGGAGAGAGAACUUUACUCAGAGGCCUGCUGCAGAUGGGAAGAGCUGGACCCCAAGAAGCUUGUCCACAGAGGACCCCUAUUCCAUACGGGGCGGGGUCUCCUUCUGCAAGUGCCAACUCUGAAUAAAACGGAUGAUGUCCUGUGACUGCCCCACAGAGAUAAGGGGCCAGGUGGUAUUGAAAAGCAUCCCAGUUCUAAGGCUGCUGCUAAUUACAGCCUCCAACCCCCAACCCACCAGCUGCCCCAGAAGCAGCAUCUCCCAUCCCCUCGGUAGCCACAAAGUGCAGGCCACAUUGGACCCGGGACGCCCCUCUGCAGCCAUUGACCGCGGCUUGCUCUUUUGCCCAC